UUUCUGGCUUAUUUAUAUGGGGACGCAAACCGAUCAAACUUAUAGUACGCUCUCAAACUUGGGAAGAUCAAGAUUUACCUGAAGUUGAGGAUGGAAGAUAAUACUAACGGAUUAGAAUCGUCAGGAAAUAUUUGCUCCUCAUCCGAAGCGCUGUUGAACAAUAUUCUCUUCAAUGACUUCCAGAGAAAGUCCAAAUCGUGGGUUCUUGAUGUGGAUUCGGAAGAAUUUGCAAGACAGUUGGACAAAGAGGAUCCUUUGAGAGAUUUCCGUAAACGUUUCUAUUACCCGAAGAAAAAAUAUUUGAAUGGUGUUGAUCCCAACAGUUUGCUUGACGAAGAUGAAGAUUCGAUUUAUUUUUGUGGCCACUCCUUAGGACUGCAAUUGAAAUCAAUUGAAACUUCCGUUGAAAAUGUCUUAAAAAAUUGGGCGGAAAAAGGUGUGGAAUGCCAUUUCAGCGGAAAUCUCCCAGCUGCAUUCUGUGACAAACCUUUAAAAGAAAACAUGGCUUAUUUAGUAGGUGCUCUACCCGAAGAAGUUGCUGGUAUGAAUGGAUUGACCGUAAACAUUCAAUUAUUUUUGGCCACCUUUUACAAACCAACGGAAGGAAGGAAUAAAAUUUUAAUGGUCGCUAACUGCUUCCAUUCAGAUUUGUACGCUGUGAGAAGUCAUAUUACACUACGAGGCUAUGAUCCUGAUGAAAGUCUGAUUUUUCUAAAACCAGAAUCGGAUGAUUUUCUUAUAAGUUCCAAAGACAUACGAGAAGUUAUCGAAAGCGAAGGGGAAAAUAUUGCCCUCAUUUUUCUGGAAGGUGUUCAUUUCUACACAGGACAAUUAUUUGAUAUGGAAGAAAUAACACGCCUUGGUCAUGAGCAGGGUUGUGUUGUGGGGUUUGAUUUAGCUCACGCCAUUGGAAACGUUCAGCUUCAAUUACAUGACUGGAAUGUCGACUUUGCUGUCUGGUGUACAUACAAGUAUCUGAACAGCGGUCCAGGAUGCAUGGGAGGAGCAUUCGUCCAUCAAAGACUCACACAAGGCAAAAAUAGCAUUCUCCCAGCUAUGAGAGGCUGGUGGGGGCUGUCCGAUAAAGCAAAGUUCAACUUCGCCGAUGAAUUUACACCGGCAGAAGGUGCAGAUAGAUUCAAGCUCAGCAACCCAUCUCCUUUUCUAAGUGCCAUGGUGUUAGCCAAUCUUGAGGUCUUUAAAGAAGCUGGACUGGAAAGACUUCGAGCGAAACAAAGACUUCUCACAGGGUACAUGGAAUACCUGCUAAGGAAGCACCUGCCGCAAUACGAAGACACUCAUCCAGAGAAACCUCACAUUCGAAUCAUCACUCCCAACAACCCAAGAAAUAGGGGGUCCCAACUCAGUGUGAUUUCAUCCGUCCCCAUAACAGCCUGCGAAACGUUGCUAAAAGCAAAAGGGAUAGUUUGUGAUAUAAGAAGAUCUGUCGUCAUACGUAUUACCCCUGUGCCUUUAUACAAUACGUUCAGCGAAGUUCGCAAUUUCGUCCAUAUUUUUAAGCAAAUUUGGGACAAUGAAUUAGGCAGUGAACAUCCUGAAAAAUGAGCUGUGCUAAGUAAAAGUUGAAGAAUCCGAUCAAACAUUCACAAAAUGGCAUUUAUGUCAAGUUGUAAAGUUUUACCUGUUUUUAUUACUCUCGUAUAGUUUAAAUAACAUUGGGAUUUCAUAAUAUGGUUAGAUUUUAUAUUCUUUGUGUGUGUGUGUGUGUGUACGUUUUGUAUAUUGUAUUCUACCUUUUUAUUUAUAUACAUUUUUAAUAAACUUGUAUAGAUUUUUAAUAA